AGACAGGAUACAGGCAGCAGGGCUCAUCUCCCACACACUGACAGGAUUAGGUGUCGGGGGGCCAGCAACAGUUGAAGGCCUUUCAACCGCUGGGGUAGGCUGUGGGACACACGGCCUGGUCGUGGGCGAAACUUGGGAAGUGUCUUCAGAGGGCUGCCAUCGCCUUCAUCACUUCAACUCCGACCUCUGACUGCUGACCUGUUUGGUAUAGUAGACUGUUGUGAAGAUCUAGAGACGGGUUGUGACUGUUUUCCCGAACAAGUGGAGUGUACACAAGUCUAAGUAGAGACAGAACAAGGAUUACUCUGUCCUCAGUGGAAACAUCUGGACAGGGACUUUUAAAAAGUGUUUAGAAAAUGGAUACUUUGUAAUGAUUAUUUGAUGUUUGGAGAUACACAUCAACUAUUUUUAGAGGGCAGUCCUCUGUUGACGCAUCAAUGAGGAGGCGGAUGAGGGAUGCUGGGUGUGUUUGUAUUUUGGGUAUUUUAGUACCACAUGUACCAGAAAGAAUCUGUGAUGAUGUAGAGUGUCCUGUGUCCUGUGAAUGGUGUUUUAGUGUUGGAGAUUUGUUUCCUGAAUUUGGAUAUUUCCUAACAGGAGGUGAUGAGGAGGCUGUCUUUUAACAGUUGAAGUGUUUGCUCUGUGGCUGGCUAAUUGCAAAAUCAUUUUGGGUGUGUUGACGUUAGCAUUUUUAUGAAUAAACAGCCUGUCGACAGGAGGAAUGUUUACUGAUGGUAGAUCUAAAUACGGAUACUUGUUGACAGAUAUACACAAUACAGAGACUUGAUGAACAUUUUUGAGCUGUGAUUCCUGUCUUGUUUUUGGUCAGAAUCGGGAGGGGCCUCUGUGUGCCGGUUUGGAAUAUAGUAAAGUUACACAUAUGAUGUGAGCAGAUCAAGGGUGUGACGCCCUGGUCAGUUCUUGUAGACACAAAGUCUUCAGGGAUCUGCUGACUGGCAAACCCAGCAGGUCACGGGUCAGUGGAUCGGGGAUGUGAGACAGGGUUAGAUCAUUUUGUGGAUAAACCAUCAGCUGGUGUACAUCCUGUGCAGAGAGCAGUGAGGACAGAUUUCAACCAUGAAGCUGAAACACUCAACACCAGAUCUUGAGAACAGCAAGGAAUACAAGGAUAUGAUAGAAGAGGCCGAGUCUCGGUCCUCAAGGGGCUCGGGCGACGGUCGCCUCCCAGUCCUCAAGUCACCUACCGGGAGUUUUCGGGACAGCACAGACAAUGAUGACUUCCUUCAAAAAGUGUCCAAGUUCGAGAUGAUCUCACGGAAAUCCUCCACCUCAUCUGCUAAGAGCCCCGGACCUCGCUUGUCGGAUGAGUUUUCGGGAAGUGACAGCGGGUCUGGAGCCCACCCUCACGUCGGUGAAAAAAUAUUUACCCGUGACACUGCCACCACACGUGUUUCCGCGAGUGUCCUUCACGGAGGAAGCUCGGAGAGAGUCGCGAGUACUUGCAGCACCAAAAGUUCUAGCUCAUUGACUAGCGUGAGCACGCUCAGUUGGAGCUCAGACUCUUCAGGGAGUUCAAGGUCACUACGAGCCUCAUCGUCAUCAGGAAUUGGUCAGUCUCCACAUUCUCCAGGUGUCAUCACCUCUCCAAUACAAAAUCAAAGCCAUGUUUUCAGUCCUUCUGUUGAGGAAAAUGGGGCAAGGGAAAUACCUCCACUUGUAAAUGGACGAGUUCAUAAAAAGAAUGAUAUUAACUUAAGUGGCCAUCGGGAUACGUUUGAUGGCAUAGAUUUCGAUAUCCGUGAACUGUCUGCUAGUCAAAAGGAUUUAACGAUCCGUCACCAAGAACAGGUGGAGGAACGGAAAAAGGAACAGGCGUUAGAAAAGCAGGAACGUCAGCGUCUAGAGGACAUUCUAAGAAUGUGUGAGGAAUAUGAACUACAGAUUGAGAAAGAGAAACUAAGCAUUGAUCCUCAGUCACCCUCUAAACCAAAAUCCCCAGAGACCAAAAUAUCAGCCCAACGGAAGCCCUUGCCGCCAGGCUUCCUGGAAGUCAGUUCCGCCGACGCCAACACGCUUGAUAGGAAAGAUCGUGUUGAUGGGAAAAGUUCAAUGACCAAAAUCAAAACCAAUGGAUCUCUAAUGUUGUCGUCCCCUAGCAACCCUCACAAAGACGGUCUCUUUAGUUUCCAGAUGAGGAAAUGUGAGUCCAACUCCUCCAACUCCGAGGAGGAGGUGUGUGGCAGUUCAGAAGAAACAGGCACCAUCAAACGUCGACCUCAACACGAAGGGAACAAGUCUCCACUGUCACAAUUGGAAGAAUCACCAAAGAACCAAGCAUCUUCCAAUUUCCAAGUCGACGAAUCGGCACUACGGCUACCGGCAUCGGCUCAAGAUUCCAUUCAGCAAAUCCUCAAUUCCUCCUUCGAGUCCAACCCGGACUCACCCAGCAUGGGACAGUUCACUGUGCGCAUCGAUGCCCAGUUUUCAGAUCAUAUGGACGAGCAUAUUUACGAGAACGAUGACAUCGUGAACUUGGAGAAGGAGUCCCACUCCUCGACCUCCUCUAGUCGAACAGUGAAGGAUAUGUCCCCGGAGUCCAUGAGCUCGGUCGGGGAGCCUCAGUCACAGAAGGAGGACACUCCUACCCCAGUGAACAGUGACACAGAGCAGAGUCACACGUCCAAACAGUCCGGCACCACCUCGUCCUUCAGCUUGAAGAGUUCCGUGUUCUGUGAAUCCCCCAUCAAGGAGGAUGAAGCAGAAGUUCAAGGUCAACUCGGCAAGCUGAAGAGAACCAAGACUGAGCUGCUUCAGAAGAUCUCUCACCUCAAGCAUCAGAUUGUGGACAUCGAGACCCAGGAGAAUGAAGCCAUCAGGGAGUUGGAGAUGGAGCGUGCGCUGUUGGACGGAGAGCACCAGAUGGAGAUGGAGCAGUUGCAGCACGACCAGGAGAAGAUCAACGACCUCAAGCGACAGCAGGCGGACCUCAUCCAGCAGGCCAACCUGCAGCGAGAGAAGCUGAAAAAGAGGGAGCUGCAGAUCCUGGAACAGGAGCGAGGGAAGCUACGAGAGCUGGAGCAGCGACACUACGAGACGGAGCAGCAGCUGGAGAGUUGUGAGGCGGCAGCGGAGGCGGCGGAGGCGGAGGAGGAGGAGGAGGAGGAGGAGGCGGAGACGCUGCAGGAGAAGUACCAGCUGGAGCAGGAGGUCCUCGACAACCAGCGCAGGAUCUACGAUGACCUGGAGUUCCAGCAGUUUGAGAGGGAGAGUCGGUUUGAAGAACAGAAGGAGCACCUCAAUGACCAGGUGGUGCAGGACAAGAACGUUCUUCUGAAGAAAUACAAGGCAAGGGAGGAACGACUCCAAGAGAUUGACCUUCAACAGAAGGACAUGAUCCGGGUGGUCAAGAACGACCUUGAGGGGCUGGAGAAAGAUCGCCUCCAGCUGGUCGACCUGUUCAGAAAGGAGAAAGCAAAAGUGACAGAGGUUGACCUACAGAUUCAGGCACUGUGUCAUUCGCUGUCGUUGCCUGAUCCAGACGAUUCAGGGGACUCUAGUGCCUUCUUAUCAGAUCUAGAGCUGGAGGAGACUUCAUUCCGACGGAGGGACUACUUGGAGAGUCCAGUCAGGAAGUUGUCUCGAAGUGACAUUCCGGUAGAUCACGAACGAAAGAAGUCGGCAACAUUGGAAGAUAUUGAAAGAAACCGAUCUCUUUUCUUGGAACAACAAGGGAACAUGAUAAUUGACCAGGAACGUAAGCGUAUUGAGGAGCUGAAGCGUCGUGCGGCGGAUGAGGGGCGGGCGCAGUGGGAGGAGCGCCGGUUACGAGAAAGUAACUGUAAAAGUUUCAACUCCCUGGAGUCCGAAGACUCCAGCAUCGCCAGCAGCUGUGAAACUCCCUCCGAGAAGGAAACAAGUUUGAGCAGUGGAGAGGGACAACUGGAGAAACUAGCCGAGCUGGAGCUGCUCCUUGCACAGGCACAGGCAGACAAGCUCCACCUGGUGGAAGAACAGGUACAUAUUCGUGAAGCUGAGAUGAUGGCACUCCACGAGGAGAGACAGAAGAGAGAAGUGCUGGAGAGGAAGUUGCAGGAGGAGACGAUGCUCCGGGAGGAGCUGGUACAACAACAGGUCAAGAUGAGGGAAAAACAAAUACAGCAGGCGCGGCCAUUGACGAGGUAUCUACCAAUCAGAAACAAGGAGUUUGAUCUCCGACAACACAUAGAGACAGCUGGGCACAGCAUCGACUCGUGUCCCACAGUGAAUGUCACCCCCACCAGUUGCCGUGGUUUCCUGCACAAGAUGGGAAACAAGUUCAAAACAUGGCAUAAACGAUGGUUCGUGUUUGACCGAGUGAAGCGGUCGUUGUUGUACUAUGUGGACAAAGGCGAGACCAAAGCGCGGGGAGGGAUAUAUUUUCAAGCAAUUGAGGAAGUUUAUGUCGAUCAUCUUCGGACAGUGAAAAGUCCAAACCCUAAACUGACAUUUUGUGUGAAAACCUAUGAUAGGACGUAUUACCUCGUGGCCCCCACGCCAGAGGCUAUGAGAAUUUGGAUUGACGUUGUUUUCACAGGUGCCGAAGGAUAUCAACAGUUUCUAUGAUAUCAAUAUGUCCAUGAUAUCAACUGAUAUCACAGUGCUGAUGGUCCAUAUUUGCUUAAAUACCAACCUGAUGAUACAGUGCUACUUACAUGAGACUGACUUUUAUUUCGUGAGUGAACCAAAUUUGGGGUUCUCAGGAUGUGCCUGUUCUCAUAUGAUGUCACUUCCUUUUUCGGGAUGAUGUCACUUCCUGUGGAGGAUGUGACCUGUAUAGGAUUUAUGAUGUCACUUCCUGCCUGAUGACAUCACUUCCUGUCUGCUGGCUGCUCAAAGCAUGAUUAAAUUUUAAUGGUUUUAUUUUAGUCAUAUUUUAAUACAUACGAUCUGAUUUCACUUUUAGCUCUUUUCAUGAAUUUGUGUUUUGUCUCUGUGUGAUUUUAUGGGUUCAUUGUAUUUGUGAAUAUUUGGUUUUUAUUUGUUGUGUUUAAUAUGCUAACGAUUUAAUGUCAAAGCCCUUGAAAGAAUACUUGGUCUAAAUCGCAAGUAUUUUGUAUAUUAUAUGAACAUGACACAAAAUUAUGUCAAUUGUAUGUACAUUUAAUUAAUAAAUUUUGUAAAGAUUC